AUGUCUCAUUCCCUGGGUGCUCUGAGCCCAAGUAAUGUUCUGAGCACUCCGGGUCAUAGUGAUGUUGAUACAGUUCACAAAAAAUCCUCAUCUCCGGGAGAUAAAAAGAUAACCCCUCGGAGUGCAGUUGUAAGAACAGGCCGGGAGUAUUUUGCUCGUCAAGCUGAAAAGAAGGCCAAGAAGCUCGCGGCGAAAAGCUUGAAUGCCACAAUAGAUGGACGUGUAAAAAAAGCUACCAGCCAAAAGACCAGAAAGAAGCGUCGAUCUGGCGAAGCCAGUUCGGCAAAGUUGAAGAGGAGAUUUACAGCUGCAGACCCAUUUAAUCUGGAUCUUGGAACGGAAGCUCCGAUAAUUCAAGCACGCACACAACGGGAGCAAUUUGACAAACUUCUUGCGGCCUACCCCGAGUACAAGGACAAAAAUAAACGUGGAAUAAGUAAGAAUGCAUUGAUAAAGGCGGGUCAAAGCUUUGGCUACGGAAAAGUACAUGCUCUAGAUGCAAGAUGGAAACUUCAGGGAAUGGACUCUACAUUACAUCACCAUCAGUUGAUUGGAGCAUCUCGGAUGCUCGAACGAGAGUGUUCCGAAGAAGGCACACAAGGAGGCAUUUUGGCAGAUUGUAUGGGACUGGGGAAAACCAUUCAAUGCAUAGCGGUCAUGGUCGGAAACCCUCCAGACCCCAAUGAGAUCGUGACCGAGGAGCGGACAACUCUGAUUGUAGUUCCCAGCGGACUCCUUCUUCAGUGGUUUGAUGAGCUCAAAAAACAUGCUGGAAGUACGAUCAAGAAUAUAGAUAUCUACAACCGUUCUGAUAGACGAGGCGCCACACAAUACACAUUGUCAAAUGUGGUACUUACCACGUAUGACGAGCUUAUGACAAAUUUACCGUGGUUGAAAGAAACUGCUAGUAAGAGCAGACGGACAAAGAGAAGUAAAGGUAAAAAGAGAAACGCAGCAGAUGAAGAAGCUCCGCCCAUAGAGACUCUUCCCCAUGAUAAGUUGGGCACCGCAGGCGUCUUAUAUGACAUCAAUUGGUACCGAGUAAUUAUCGACGAAGGACAUGGUAUUAGAAAUCAUGAUUCUAAAGCAAGUCACGCUGUAAAUGCCUUGAAAAGUAGAUACAGAUGGAUCCUGACUGGUACACCAUUUCAGAAUCGUCUGCAAGAUUUCUACAGCUAUUUUCGCUUUUUGAAGGACCCAGAAACUACCACAAUGUCACAAUUUUCAGCCGACUUCUGCAAUUCCAAAGAUGAAGAAUGCAUCCGUCGUAUGGAGACAAAAUUGAGCAAAUUAAUGAUCCGGAGGACAAUGGAAGAUAGGGUUCUUGAAAAAUUUCAGGAACUGAGAGACCAAGACCAAGACCUCGAAGAUGAUGACCCACGAAAACCAAUGUCGUAUAAAUUUGCCCAAAUUUCUUUUCUGAGACAACUGGUGUCUCAUCCAGCAUUGGUUGAGCGAAAGAUUAUGGUACUUUUUGAUAACCAUGAACUGGAAGAGAUUAGAGAUAAGGUUCAAGUGCUGGAUCCCGUGUUAUAUCGACGCAUCUGCUCUUGGAUUAGAGGGGAGAAAGCAAAGGUAGCUGCCGAGUAUAAGCUUUCGUUGGAUCAGCACACAAAGACAUGUGAAUUAUGCAAUGAAGAUGCAGAAGAUCUAAAAGAGAUUCCCAGAUGUAAACACUUGUUUUGCGACUUUUGCUUAGGUGAAAAUUCGGAUAUUGAACUUGCAGAAGAUGGAACAGAGUUGCUUAAAUGCAGAGCUUGCAAUGAGCCGUAUAAUCCUUCUGAAUUAGAGAGGGUACAAGAGCAGCAAGAAAGUAUCCAAAUGGGGAUUAAGAAAAAAGGGAUGAAGGGAAAGGAUUUCCGCAAGUACAUUCCAAGCACACCUAAGUCUAUAUGGCUGGAUCAGUACGACAGAGGAAUGAUUGAUCUGAGGCCAGGCUCGAAAUUAGAAGCUGUAAUUGGGCAGGUUCGAGAGUGGUUGGCCGAAUCACCAAAGGAAAAAAUCAUCAUCUAUACGCAGUGGAAGAUGGUGAGUACCAUCAUCGGUCGUAUGCUCGAGAAAGAGAAUUUUAAUUUCCUCUAUUAUUCGGGCGACAUGACUCAAAAAACACGAUCUGAAGUUAUUCGAUUAUUUAAGUUGAAUCCCAAGGUCAAAAUUCUCGUUUCUGGCCUCAAGUGUGGAGGAGUAGGUUUAAAUUUGCCCUUCGCAAAUAAGGUCAUAUCAGUUGAACUGUGGUGGAAUCCCUUUGCUGAAAAGCAAGCUUUCGGUCGUGUUCACCGGAUUGGCCAAGAGUUAGAAACAAUAUUCGCGAGGGUUGUUGUGGAAAACACGAUAGAAGAUAGACUUGCUGAUUUGCAACUUAAGAAGCUUCGCAUCAAUAGUAUCGCUAUGCAGGAAAAGCUAACUAAGGAAGAGGAGGCCAGUUUGCUGGAGCGUGCUGGAUCUGAAAAGUCACUUGACCUUGAUGCAGCGGACUGUAAUGAGCAUUUAAUCAACGCCCUUGCAGGAACAGAUCCUCGCCUUAACUCGAAUACUGAUACGCUAUCAGAAUCCGUCCAACGAUUGUUUGGCAGAACCCCUGGAGAUUCCCCUGAAGAUAAUAUCAUGGAAGAUACCGAUGAUAAGAUAGACGAAGAAGAAAAUUUUUACGAGUCCGACUCCGACAGCGACGAUUCCAUGUCGGACGCUUCAUAUGCUGAGUCUAUGCAGGCUAAAGUAGAGACAGAGGAAGAAGGCGGUGAAUAG